UGCACAUGAGAACCCUUGGCUGCCACCAAGGACUUUGUUGCUGGCCCUGGAUGGUGUGGAGAUGUUGGAGAGCUGGCAGGAGCUCUGCAGGAGGGGGGAAGAGGCCUCCUGGCACCUCAAAGGGUUAACAGGUCCCAGGGAGCCUGGAGAGGCCACUCACACCCUCUGCCCAAUCCUGGGAAUCCCUCUGAGCUAAUUGAGCAGGAACCAGAUCAAAGGCUCCAAUCAGGCAAUCAACACCCCCUGGCCCCUCUUCAGGUCCUCAGCCCAGCUGCUCUUUGUCCUUUGGAAGGGUUGUGGAGCAAUGUGGCUGCUCCCCAGCCUCAGAGCCAGCCUGGCCUGGGCUCUCCUCACCCUGGGCCUGGGUAUGGAGUUAAAUCUGCAGGAAAGUUUCCUGUUGAAAGCUUUGGGUUUGAGUGCCAAACCCAGCCCGAAAACCCCCAUCCCUGUGCCCUCUGUGCUCUGGAGGAUCUUCCAGAAGAGAAAGAUGCUGCCUUCUGCAACCAGAGACCUGGUGGAUGCCUGUAGGGUGGAGGAAUUUAAUGUCCCUGGGAACAUCAUCCGUGUCCUCGCUGACCAAGGCCACUUCCUCCACAAGGAGCAGCCCCAGAGGCUGCUGUGUCUGCAGAAGUUUUUGUCCUUUAACCUCUCGGUGCUGGAGGAGGGCGAGCGUUUGACCAUGGCUCAGCUGGAGAUCCAAUUCAGCCACAACUCCUACCAACCCUCCAGCCAGGGGCAGGUUUUUGAGCUGAGGCUCUACCAAAGCUCCCAGAUGUCCCUGCAGGAGAUGCCCCAGCCCAGAAGAAAGCUCCUGCUGGAGCAAUCCUUUGCCCAGCUGCACAAAUCUCUCCUCUUCAACCUGGGGAAGGACUGGAGGAGCCAGAGCAGGAACCUGGGGCUGAUCCUGGAGAUCUCCAUCAGCACCAGAACCUCAAGCCCGGGCAGGGAGGAGCUGCAGAACCUCUGCACCAGCAUCGAUUCCUUCCUGGACACCUCCCUCUGGGUGGUGAGCCUCAGCCAGCAGCAGUGCAAAGCUUCCAGGAGGAGGAGGAAGAAGAGGAGGAGGAGGAGGAGCAGCCAGCACCUUCCCCUCACCCCCAGCAACCUCUGCAGACCCCGGCGCCUUUACAUCAGCUUCAGGGAGGUGGGCUGGGAAAACUGGAUCAUUGCCCCCCAGGGCUACCUGGCCAACUACUGCCUGGGGGAAUGCCCCUUCCCCCUGACUGCCGAGCUCAACAGCACCAACCACGCCAUCCUCCAGACCAUGGUGCAUUCCCUGGACCCCCAGGGGACCCCCCAGCCCUGCUGUGUCCCCGUCAGGCUCUCCCCUAUCUCCAUCCUCUACUAUGACAACAGUGACAACGUGGUGCUGAGGCACUACGAGGACAUGGUGGUGGAUGAGUGUGGCUGCAGGUGAUGGAUGGAAUAAAACCCCAGUGUGUUCAA